AUGGAAAGUACGGUAGAAAAAGACUUAACUGUGAACACAGAAACAUGCGCACAACUCUUUAAAGCAACUAUGGAAAGUACGGUAGAAAUAGAUUUGAGCGGAAUAAUUUUUAAAACGAAACGUUCAACACUUAAAGCCAUCAAUGGGAGUUAUCUAUCAAAGCUGAAAGACACAGUGAAUAAAUAUUAUUUUGACAAAGAUCCAACGUUGUUUCGGCACAUAUUAAACGCUCAUAGGGAUGGGACUGUUCAUGUUCCAAGGGAUGUUUGCCCAAUGUUAUUUAAGAAAGAAUUGCUGUUCUGGAACAUUCCAUUAUCUCUAGUUGCUCCCUGUUGUUGGAAGUAUUUGUAUGAAGCGGAGUCGGAUGUGGAAACAUUCAAAAUUCUCCUACAGGGAGAAAACAAGUAUGAUUCUCAGAAUAAGGUUGAUGAAGCUCAAGUUUGCAUCAAACAGGCCAUAUUUGCCGGAGAUAGCAAGACUGAUUCAGACGUAACUGAAGAUGGUAACAAAAACCAGAUCGGAAAUAAGCAGACUACAGCCUCCAGGGUCUGGCUUUUCCUAGAAGAACCCGGGUCCUCAGCGGCUGCCAAAGUAUUUACAGUGUUGUAUUACAUCAAUAUGAAUUAA